UUUCUCUAGAUGUGAACAGAUAACAACCCUGCUGGACUUUAUAAUGCACCGCUGUGUAUUUGGGGCUCACUUUUAGUUCGGAUUUGGACCUCUUUGACCACUACACUUUCCUCAUGUCGGAAGAAAGCUGUGUUUUCGAGGAGGACUGUGCUUGACGUCUACCUGGAGUCCUUUACCUCCCUUUGUGGCACGGUUGAGGGAGGGCAAAGCGUCAUGCCCACUCUGCCCAAUCUCAACAGCCUGGGGAGGCUAUGCAGCUCCAGCCGCAGCCACGACAUAGAUCGCGUGCGGGUGAAACGCAAGAGCUCCAUCAAGCGCAUGUCCAUCAUUGAGGAUGGACAUGUGGCCGAGGUCUUGUACCUCAUUCCCAAACAAUACAUGGAGCAGCUGCCCUACCUCAACCCAAACGACUAUUACCUGAGUGAGAGGCUACAUGACGUGGCUUCAGUGGCUCAUGCGCAGGAUACGCAGCACCACUCUACAGAGAAGCCCCUGAUCCAGUGCUUUAAGUGCAGGCAACCAUGCAAGGGCGAGGUGCUGCGAGUGCAAAACAAACACUUUCACCUAAAGUGCUUCACCUGUAAAGCGUGUGGAUGUGACCUGGCCCAGGGCGGCUUCUUCAUGAAGAAUGGAGAUUAUCUGUGCACGGUGGACUACCAGCGCAUGCACGGGACUCGCUGCAAUGGAUGCGGGGACUUUGUGGAGGGGGAAGUGGUCACUGCACUGGGCAAGACUUAUCACCCUGCCUGCUUUGUUUGCACCAUUUGCAAACGGCCGUUCCCUGCCGGCGACAGGGUGACCUUCAACGGGAAGGACUGUCUGUGUCAGUACUGUAUUGAGCCCAUGUCUCCUGGACCAAAAGACGUCCUGGGCGCCAGCAAUUGUGCAGGAUGCGGUCGCGAUAUCAAGAAUGGACAGGCUCUUCUAGCAUUAGACAAACAGUGGCAUCUUGGUUGUUUCAAAUGUAAGGCCUGUGGGAAAGUACUAACUGGAGAGUACAUCAGCAAGGAUGGUGCACCGUACUGUGAGAAGGACUACCAGAUUCAUUUUGGAGUGCAGUGCGAAGCGUGUCAUCAAUUCAUCACAGGCAAAGUACUUGAGGCGGGAGAUAAGCAUUACCACCCUAGCUGUGCGAGAUGCAGCAGGUGCAAUCAGAUGUUCACAGAAGGAGAAGAAAUGUACCUGCAAGGAUCAACAGUAUGGCAUCCUGGCUGCAAGAACACAACUAGAACAGAGGAGAAACACAGGGAGAGGCUACUGCCUCCGUCCCAUUUAUUCCUUCAAAAAACAGAAAGGCAGCCGACGAGGUCGUCAUCUGAAAGUAUUUGUUCCAGACCUGGUUCAAGCAUACCUGGCUCACCGGGUCACACAAUCUAUGCAAAAGUAGACAAUGAGAUUCUUGAUUACAGAGACCUAGCUGCCAUUCCAAAAGUCAAAGCCAUUUAUGACAUUGAGCGCCCUGACCUUAUUACCUAUGAACCUAUGUACACCACCUCCAUGGAGGAGAGAGAGGAGAGACGAGAAAGUGUAGGAGAGCUCCUUAACGCCAGGAGGGAGCGCUCGCCCUUACCUGACGAAAAGUAUUUUAGAACCAUGUCUCCAACCCUAUCCAAUGAGGGCUGUUAUGACAAGAGAGAACGCAUUCUUCAGAGGUCCACCAGUCAGGGUUCCUUAGGCUCGCCAGUUUAUAAUCGCCAUGGUUACACUCCCACUCUGUCACGGUCCCCACAGCAUUUUCACAGGCCAGCUGCUGCUGGGGCCCGCACUCCCUUCCUCCCCGCAGAAGCUCUGACAGGCAUGCAGAAGCUCUGCUCCUCCUUGUGCAGUAACAGUGUGGGCUCCAGAAAUAGUGACUCCCGCCCCACCUCCCCCUUUAGACACCACUUCCUCCCCCAUAGUCAAGGCACUGACCCACCAAGCGGCCGGAGCUCCCCUCUCCCGCUCAGGCCCGACAGCCGGCCGGGCACCCCGCCUCUCUCUUUGACCCCUAAACAUUUUCACCUCCCAGAUCAGGGCAGUAACAUCUACAGAAAACCACCCAUCUACAAACAAUAUGCUGCCAUAGCACGUCAAAGCAAGUCGGCUGAUGACAUCAUCAGAUCUGCCACCUUCCCUGCCGCCCAUGCUCCCUCUCCAGAUGACAGCUGGCAGAGCGAGGGUGAUUGUUGGCCCUGCUCUAACAUUCUAUUAGGUACAGAGGGAAGAAGACGAUCCAGAGAAGAAGAGGAGGAAGAUGCCUUGAAAAAAAAGCAGCUUCAGGAAGAACAUCUAAACAAGAUUCAGUCAGGUUUGGGGAAGCUAAUUCUCAGGGAGGAAAUGGAAAAAGAGCAGAUUCGGGAACGCCACGUAAGGAGUGUAUCUGCUCAGCGCUAUGACACCAAGCAGGAUAACGGGGAUGCAGAUCCAACUUCUCCAACUAGAACAAACUCUUUGCCUGGAUAUGGGAGGAAUGGCCUUCAUCGGCCCCAGUCAACAGAUUUCACGCAGUACAACAGCUACACUGACAUGUGCGGAGGAGGCAGAGAGUUUCAGCACAUUAAGGAUGGCCGUGCAGCACUUGCAAGGAUGGACAGGGGAGUUUCUAUGCCUAAUAUGUUGGAACCCAAAGUGUAUCCCUAUGAAAUGCUCAUGAUAACCAGUAGAGGGAGAGCUAAACUGCCCAGGGACGUGGACAGAACCAGACUGGAGCGCCACUUAGCACCUGAAACGUUCUUUGACAUCUUUGGAAUGGAGAUCCAGGAGUUUGACAGGCUUCCCCUGUGGAAACGCAACGACAUGAAAAAGAGGGCCAAGCUUUUUUAGCGCUCACAGCAGCGUGCAUCUCCAAACAUACACAUUCAAAACAAUAAUGUAGGCUAGGUUUUGGUUUGUUUCCUUUUUUUUUCUACCUUCUGACAUGAACUCUGUUUGCUCCGACACUUCCUGAGACUGUCAGCUGAAUGGUGCGACUCCUUGCACAGGAAACUCAUCAUCUAGAAUCGGUUUCAUGUUCAAAAGUGACGAAUGAAUGAUAAAUAGGCUCACGAUAUUUGUAUUGAUAGCGCUUUUUUUUUCUUGCUUUGCUUUUUUCCUUUGUAUGCUUGUUGCUUCCUGCUGUUUGUUGCUGUUGACUCCUGUGGAACUUUGUAAGUGUGGUAGAACCUUAUGACGCCACAGAAUGUCCACGCUUAUAGCCUGAACAUACAUCUGCUUUCCUUUUGCUUGGACCAAAAAAAUAUUUGGUCCGAAGGUUGCAUCAAUUGGCUCAAUGAGUCCAAAAAAAAAAAAAACACUGGGACAAGCAGUCACGUGACCAGGUGAAAGAGUUUUUUGCUGCCUCUACAUGGUAAUGAACGAUCCAAGCAUCUACAAUACAUUAAGCCUUCAUCUUGAAUCUUGGACAUUGCAGCUUUCAUUAAAUCCUUAAAAAAAGAAAAUGGCUCUCAGGCUCUCUGAAACAUGGCCAGACGCUUACCCUUUACAUGUAUUGGGAAUAUAAAUCUUAAUAUAUUUUAUUGCCAUACCCAAUAUACAGUAAGAGAUAAUUAGAUAAUGCACCUAAUGUAAUCAAGCCUGUGUUUGAAAAUCUUGUUUUAUACAGUAAAUGAGAACCUACACUGCCGAUUGUUGUAUUGGACACAAAGCCAAUAAAGCUUUAAAAUCACCAUGAACCACA